AAUGACCAUGAUGAGUUUGAUUUCGUUUACGUUGAUUGCGUUCAGAAUUUGUUGUGCUCAUUACUGACGAAAGUCCACAAUGAUACCUACAGCCGUUCUUCUUGCAGAGGACACGGAGGGGACCCUGUCCCUCUGUGACAUGCACACGGGUGGUCGUCACUCACAGGCAUUACGUGGAAGUGCAGGAACAGUUGCAUGUCGUGGUGUUGCACGACUGGGCUCUGACUACGUGGUGGCUGCGUACAAGGAGAAACCAGUACUGCACGUAUGGACUUGGUUAAAGCACGCCCAACCAAUAAUUCGUAUCCCUCUGCCCGGCAAGGCAUUGGCAGUCGCAUGCACUCCGUGUGGAAUGUAUUGUCUGUGCGGCAUCGGUUCAUCAAUAUAUGUGUGGCAGGUUGGAUCAGGGCGCCUUCUAGCAGUUGUUUCCCAUCAUUUCCAGCCAGUGAGCGUUCUGCGCUUCACCGACGAUGGCUCGCUUUUCCUCUCAGGCGGCCAAGAUGGGCAGGUGCAUGUGUGGGGUUUUGGCAGCGUUCUUAGCCAGUGUAACCGCGGCGAGGUGCCCAGCCCGCGCAUAUCCUGGCGGGACCAUUCCCGGCCUGUAACUGACAUCUACUGUGGCAUAGGAGCUGCUCAGGCUCGUGUAUUUACUACAGCGAAAGAUGGGACGUGUCAGGUAUAUGAACUCAGCACAGGACAGCGUCUGUGCACACUGAUUUUCGAGUCGCCGUUGCUGGCGCUGGCACUGGACACUAUGGAACUGCACCUGUUCGGCGCAGAAGAAAAGGGUCACCUCAUUCGCAAAGUUAACAUGCACUGCACGACAAGUGGCCCUCAGAAGGCACAAAGUGAGAACAGCGAGGACGACCAAGCAAGACAGUCACCGAAAAUGGUGUGCACGGGACACACGGGAUCUGUAACGUGUUUGUCGCUAUCCCCUGACGGCACAACCCUGCUAUCUGCCUCGAAUGAUGGUACAGCACGCCUGUGGCAAGUCAGCACGUGUGCAUGCCUUCUCGUGUUUGAGCGGAAGGGACCAGUAAGCUUUGGCUUCAUCAUUGCACUACCCGGUGUCCUGUGGAACAGGCAGCCCGGCGCACGCUUGAAUACGGAUUACCUACCUCCUCUGGCUCUCUUCGAGCGGCAACUUGCAACUACUUCUGGCACGUCUUCUUCUAUUGCACCACUCGACAAUUGUCCAGUCCGCCUUCAUGGCCAAGCUCAGUCAAAGGCCGGGCCAAAGCUGGCGUUACAAGGCAAAGAAAGAAGUGACUACUGGAAGACGUACUGGUGGUCUUGCUGCAGGGCUGACGAAAAGAGCAAGAAAGAGGCAGGCAACACCGAAGCCAUCCAGUCCAGUGCGCUUGUCAAGCAACUGCAGCAAGAACUUGCGGAGAUGCGCAAGCUCAACCGCAGGCUACUGCGGGAUGAUGUUCGCUCUGUUCUUUCAUCACUGGAUCAACCGCAGUCCGCAUCUAAUAACGGCUGAUGACCUGGAUGGAAGUGCCACGGUAGAUCUUCAUUCUCUAAGCUGUCUCUUUCAUGAGAUGAUAAGCGUGGCAAGCAGGCCAUGGCCACUCGAAGUAGUAUUUAUCUUUAUGGAAGGAGUGAACAUCUAUUUGGCUGAUUUCGUUUGUGUCAUGUGCAACAAGAAACUUUCGCCACCUGUAUGUUUCAGCCUGCCACCGCUAUGGGGAAGACCUGAACUGUUCGAUAACCGCUACUGGCUGGGGCUUCAGACCAUUUCCUGUCCAGCCCAGGCUAUCAGAAGUCCCCGUUUUGCACAUGCCACUCGCGCGUGACUUUCACUGGGUGGCGUUCCGGCCGUGGAGUCUGCUCGCCGUUCUCCUGUGCUUGUGCAGCACCUUACUGGGUGCUGAGAGUGUGCAGGCGGUGAAUACAGAUCACUGCUAUAGUUUCUACGCCGGAGCAAGCUGUGACUCAGGGCCUCUCUUUCCUUGCUGAGUUUCUGAGUGUGUGCAGGCAGUGAACAUAGUUCACUGCUAUGGGUUCCUCGCCGGUGCCAGCUGUGUGCCACAGCCCCUCUUUCCUUGCUGUUGGCCAGCAACCUCUCUACCAUCUGGUUUCUGAAAACCAAUGCACUGAGGUUUGCUUCUUCUGAAGUCAUUGACUCUGUUCGAGUCUCGUGUACUUCACUGAUAUUGUGAGAUGAGCAGACCUGUAGAUACAUGUACUUGUUGUACAUGAUUGUAGUUUAUUUUUCUCUCAUUUCUGCUCUUUGUUGAUUGUGGCGUUUGCUCUCCACUCAAUAGGCUCCCGCAGCCUUUGGUCAAUCCUAAAAAAAUCAAUCAAUCAAUGACUCUUGACAGUGUGCCU